ACUUCCUCUUAACAAGUAGCCGAUGGGUAGUGUAGGUGUUCUCUCUUAGAAUAAAGGGCUCCAACUCUAACUUCUUAACUCGACAACUGACUUUAAAACAAACAGCUCAGUAUUCAGUAAUAGUUCAGGCCUGCUUACAGCUAAAUUAGCUAUUAGGUUAACGCGUAACUUAGUUUUCUGUCAUGGCAAAGGUACAAGUCUUAAAUGUUGCUGUUCUGGACAACCCGAGCCCGUUUGGAAACCCGUUUCAGUUUGAAAUAACGUUUGAAUGCAUGGAGGAUUUACCCGAAGAUCUGGAGUGGAAGAUCAUCUAUGUGGGGUCUGCUGAGAGUGAAGAAUACGACCAGGUUCUGGAUUCUGUUCUAGUUGGUCCUGUACCAGCCGGCAGACACAUGUUUGUGUUUCAGGCCGACGCUCCUAAUACAGGUCUGAUUCCAGAGACUGAUGCUGUGGGAGUGACUGUGGUCCUCAUAACCUGUACCUACAGAGGACAAGAGUUCAUACGCAUCGGUUAUUAUGUCAACAAUGAAUACACAGACCCAGAACUACGGGAAAACCCUCCAUUAAAACCAGACUACUCCCAGCUUCUGAGGAAUAUUUUGGCGUCCAACCCCCGUGUCACCCGCUUCCACAUCAACUGGGAAGGCUUGGCCGACAAGAUAGAAGACAGCGAAAACGUGGACCCGUCACCGAACACGGGCGGCAUGCUCCCCCCAUCCUGCGCACCAGGAAAGAUGCCAGCUCUUGGACAGAUGCCAGACAACUCAAUGGAUUGCAUGUAGGCGUCAUGAGACUCAUGAGGAUGGACAAGGAGCUCUUCUCACCUUAACAUUCGUACACAUCGUAGUACUUCAUAAUAUCGUCAGAGAUGUCCCCUAUGUGGACAUUUGAAGGACAUGAUGAGAUGGGACAUUUUCUCUCUUCUGUGUAGCCCAUUUAAUGGGAUGGGUGUUGCCAGCAUAGCUUCCUGUCUUGUCUGCUUUUCUCUUCCCUUCUAACACUCAGAUCUGCACAACCAGAAAUGCAUUUUAUUUAUUAUCACACCUAACAUUCUCUUUUUUUUUCCUUUUUAAUCCAGCUACAUUUUUGGAGCAUUUUGAGCAAAGAUUAGGGCCUCAGGACACUGAUCUCUGCAUUGGUACUCCUGUACCACAAUAAUCUCAUUGUUCAGAAACGUCUCAUCAGGUGCUCUUUUGUGGUAUCAAGGAACCUACUGCUUCUUGGGAUGAAAUAUUAAUUUUUAUCCUAAGAGGUAAUUUUGUGCUCACAAUAAUAAACCCACCUCUUUAAGCUUUCCCAAAAUGAUGCCCCAUUUGUUGUGUUGGGGGGAAAAUAUAGCAGGACUUGAUGUUUAAAACAGAUGCUGUCAAGUUCUGUGACUAAAAUGCUCUUUGUAAAUAUAUUCCUAGCGCUUGUUUUGCCUUCUUACUGAAAGGCUAUUGUUUUAUUAUCUUCUCCAUAUUAUUAUAUCUUAUACUUUGUUUUUUUGUUGUUUUUUUUACCAGUGGUGAGGUUAAAUAAAAUUUCUGUAUCUGAUUACCACUGCUCCUUGCAGCUCCUUCCUGCUUUGACUCGUGAGGAAUUGAAAGCACAGCAACAGCAUGCUUUGCUCUCCCCUCCCCUCUCUGGCUGUUUCCUUUUUCCAGUUUCAUUCAUAAAAUGCAGCAGCAUCAUUUCACCAUUUCCACUCCAGCCUCACGUUGCUAGGAAACUGCAGCACAUAAAGGAGGGGGGUGGUGUCUGCUCUCGCUUGUUUUAUCUUCGUGGCAUCGAGUAAGUCCCCCACCCAUCCAUCUGUUCCCUCCACUUCUGAUGUCUACAACAUUUUAUGGUUAAUGAAAAGAAAUCGAUAUACAUACAACAUGCAAUUAGUGAAAAAGUAACCUGUAUCAAGUACGAUAAUGGCUGUUCGCUUAUUGCAGUUUAAAUGUUGGCAGGUUUCAUUCAAGGUUUUUUAACAAACCCAGUACUAGGGCUCUACCUGCAGCUGAAUGUGCCUCGUGAAACCAGGUGUAAAAGCUGUUGUCGGCCCAUAAAAUGUUCACAUGUAAGCAGGAAUCGUUAGGCAUUAAUCCUCAUGCUUGGUGUGGUCCUUUUAGUAUAGGAACGAAGAAAGCAACAGAGCAUUAAGCCUAUGGUAGGUAUUAAUAGAGUCUACACUGUUAGAAUAUGAAACAGUUCAAUGGGAUAUUCAGAUGCAAAUCUGUGU